CAAUAGAACGAUUCGUUAAGGAGUCAGACAUCGGUGUCGACAGCAUGGAUAGGGAUGUUGUGUUCAGACGGUGUGUUUUUAGCAAAACUGAGGUUGUAUGUGUGACAUGAAGUCAGGUAAUGUCAUCUAAUGUUGGCGCCAGUCCGGAAUUUAUGUGUUUGUAUGUUCAACCGUUUGAGUGUAAGAAUGAACUCUCCGUAUUUCAACGAUUCAAUAGCUGUAAAAGACACUUCUGCAACUGAAACUAUGGGGAAAAGUACUGUAAAUAAAGGAGGAAUUCGCAGAUUGAGAUCCAGAAUGGCUCAAGGGCUCAAAUCAGAAGAUGAUUCUCCAAAAGUGAAAGUAGAGGUUCAGGAGCAAAGUAUUUCAGAUGCUCCACUGCAUAAACAUGCAGAAACUGAUGCAGAGACUGUGUCAGGUUUCAAUAACACAACCACAAAAGUGAAAGAAGCAGCAGUGCAUGAUCAAGCCCCUUUGACCUCACCUAGAAAACCAAGGCGGGGGCGUGUGAAGGUGGAGUAUGAGGACGAGGAAGGGGCGGGGCUACAGCUAAAGAGGGAGCGCUGGGAGCCGCGUGAUUGGAGAACCCAGCUGUCAUUCAUCAGGGAGAUGAGGAGCAAACGGGACGCUCCCGUGGACCAAAUGGGAGCGGAGAAAUGCUACGACACCGAGGCCCCGCCUGAGGUGCGUCGUUACCAGGUGCUGAUCUCCUUAAUGCUGUCCAGUCAAACCAAAGAUCACGUGACGGCUGGUGCUAUGCAGAGAUUACGCGAGCGUGAGCUCAGUGUGGACGCCGUACUCAAGAUGGACGAUGAGACGUUGGGGAAACUCAUCUACCCAGUAGGCUUCUGGAGGACAAAGGUGAAGUACAUCAAACAGGCCACAGCUCUGAUACAGCAGGAGUUCGGCGGAGACAUUCCUGACACACUGGAGGGUCUGAUGCGUCUGCCGGGCGUCGGCCCAAAGAUGGCCCACCUGGCCAUGGACAUUGCCUGGAAUCGGGUGUCAGGCAUUGGUGUGGACACCCACGUUCACCGAAUCUCAAACAGACUCGGAUGGACCAAAAAGGAGACCAAGACGCCCGAGGAGACACGUAGAGCUCUCGAGGAGUGGUUGCCACGAAAUCUAUGGAGUGAGAUCAACUGGUUGCUGGUUGGUUUCGGCCAGCAGGUGUGUUUACCUGUUGCUCCGCUCUGCUCCAUGUGUCUGAAUCAGCACACCUGUCCCUCCGCCCACCGAUCGUCUCCCAACAAGAAGCUCAAAUCCAGCCCAGCAAAACCCACCAGUAACAGUCCGGAUCACAAACUAACAUCUCCAACAACACAGAUCAAAAAAGAGCCGGCAGACACUUCCCUGUCUCAGAGGAGGAAGAACACAGUUAAACAGGAAGUCCAGCUGACAUCAGAAGAAGACACUCCAUCUCUCCUCAAAAAGAGAAACAGCAGGAAAGGGAGAGCAGGAGCACAACAGGACACACCUUUGUCUUCACACAGGACAUAAAAGGACAGCAGAGACUUAAAUUCAGUUUGAACUAAGUACAGUGUAUAAAUGCAAAACAAAUAUCACAUUCAUUUAUUUUGUAGGUUUUCUAUCAAAUACAUUUCUAAAAAGGAAGAUAUAAAAGUGUUAGUGUUUUGUAGUAGUUUUACAUUAAAUGCUCUAAUUUCUAGAGGUCAGAAGUUUACAUACAUCUUGUAGAAUCUGUAAAAUGUUAAUCAUUUUACCAAAAUAAGAGGGAUCAUACAAAAUGCAUGCUAUUUUUUUUAGUACUGACCUGAAUAAGAAAAAGAAAAUAAUAGUUUAAAUUUAAAAAAAUGACCUCGUUCAAAAAGUUUACAUACACUCGAU